UGGCAAGAUAGUUCAGCAAGUAAAGGCCCUCGCCUCCAAGCCUGGCAACUUAAAUUCAAUCCCUGAACCCACAUGGUAGAAGAAGAGACUCACACCUGGCCUCCGUAGGCAUCUGCACACAUCUGGUUCCGGCAUACACACAUAUACAUAAAUAAAAAUAAAUCUCGGAGGGAAAAAAGACCAUAUCUCAAAAAGUUGCCAAGAAAGAGGAUGCCAUGGCUGGAAUAGCAGCCUCCUUGGUAGACUACAUGGUUUGCCCUUGGGACCUUGGAGACGAUCUUCUAGAGAUCUUCAUGCUUCUGCUGUUGAUGCUGUCCCCAACCUGGGCUCCAGACAGGAUCUCCAGAAAGCCAUGCAGAAUCUUAAGCCAUGAAGGACUAUUCCGAUGUCAUCCUCCGUCCAGAGGCAACUGAACUGAGCAAGACAGAGUUCUGCAAUCCUGCUUUCGAUCCUGAAGCAGGGCCUUCUUGCCCUCCACCAGCCUUACAGAAAGAUGCCAGCAGAAGCCUCAAAGCUCCCUGGCAUGCCCAGCGUCUCCGAGGGCUACAGCCGGACUGUCAUUUCUCCUGGCUCUGUAUCCUGCUGCUCAGUGGCCUGCUGGUCCUGCUGCUGGGGCUGCUGGUGGCUGUCAUCCUGGCUCAGUUCCAGGCUACAUCCCUCCCCAGGACAACUGAAAGUCCACCGCCCGUCCCAGGCCUCACCCCCAAGGGUAGCAGCAUUCCUAGCUCCACUCCUAAUACCAGCACCAGCACCAGCACCAGCACCACCAGCACCACCUCUCCAGCAACCACGGGGCAACAGGAGGCAGCCCUGAGCCCUACACACCAGACCACCUGCGGAGGCGUCCUUCUUGGUCCAAGGGGUUUCUUCAGCAGCCCCAACUACCCAGAUCUUUACCCACCCCAUAGCCACUGUGUCUGGCAUAUCCAGGUAGCCACAGGCCAGACAAUACAGCUCAAGAUUCAAGCCCUCAGCAUAGAAGGUGUGCUCUCCUGUCUUUUUGAUCGCUUGGAAAUUAGCCCAGAGCCUUCAGGUCCACUCCUCAGGGUGUGUGGUAAAACGCCUCCAGCCACGCUGAACACCAACACCAGCCACCUCCGUGUGUCCUUCGUCUCUGACGAUGACGUGGAAGGGUCUGGUUUCCAGGCCUGGUACCAAGCUGUGGCCCCUGGGCACUGGAGCUGCGCCCAUAAUGAGUUCCGCUGUGACCUGCUCCUCUGCCUGAAGCAUGACUUAGUGUGUGAUGGUAUUACCAACUGUGCCGAUGGCAGUGACGAGGCCAAUUGCAGCGCCGAGACCUUCGGGUGUGGAGGGAAUCUGACUGGGCUCCACGGGGUAUUCUCUACCCCCAACUACCCACAGCACUACCCUCACCAACAGCUUUGCACCUGGUACAUCUCAGUGCCCAUGGGAUACGGCGUGAGACUACAGUUCCACAACUUCAGUCUGGAAGCACAAGCCGAGUGCAAGUUUGACUACGUGGAGGUGUAUGAGGCCGGCACUUCCGGGGCCUUCAGCUUCCUGGGCAGGUUCUGCGGCACAGAGCCACCACCCCACCUCAUCUCCUCACGGCACCAGCUGGCUGUGAUCUUUAAGACGGAUCUUGGUAUCAGCAGCGGGGGCUUCUUAGCCACCUACCAGGCCACCAACGCUACAGAGAACCCUUGUGGGCCCCGAGAGUUCUGCCAGAACGGAGGAUGUAGGGAUCUGCAGUGGAUGUGUGACUUAUGGAGAGACUGUGGGGAUGGCAGCAGUGACAAUUGUAGCAGUCACUUGUUCCCACAGCCAGACCUGGCCUGUGAACCUGUCCAAGUGGAGAUGUGCCUUGGACUAAGCUACAGUACCACAGCUUUCCCCAACAUCUGGGUGGGCCUGGCCACCCAGGCGGAGGUGGUAGACAUCGUCAGAGGCUACAAGAGUCUGACCAGUCUACCCUGCUACCAGAGUUUCCGGAGGUUCCUUUGUGGGCUGCUUGUACCUCGCUGCACCCCACUGGGCACUAUCCUGCCCCCUUGCCGCUCUGUCUGCCAGGAGGCAGAGCGACAGUGCCAGUCUAGCCUGGCACUACUGGGCACCCCCUGGCCCUUCAACUGCAACAGGCUGCCUGAGGCGGCUAGCCUGGAUGCUUGUUCCCAGCCCUGACCGGACGCCAGCCCUACCCUGUCUGCCCAUGCUCCUCUACCCAUAUGAGUGGGCAGGGCAGGCAGAAAACAAAGGGAAGAGUGCCCUGGGCACGGGACUCUGCCCAUCCUCUCUGGUGCUUCCCAGGGAGAAGGAAGGACCAGUUCUGACUCUGAUCCUGCCCAGAGCAGCUUCUCUGCACGCUUAUUUGCCAAGACCACCCCAGGCAGGGGCCGGGCCCAUAUUGUGCCCCUGGACAGCCUAGAGACUUCCUACCCAAGUCUUUGACCCUGACUCCCCAUCUUCUGCCUCCCCCUUUCCAUUUGAGUAUUGAAGAUCAGUCACCAGACCUUCAGCUUUUCCGUUUAGUCAGCAAAACCGUAUUGAGUGCCUACCGGUGUGGUGGGACCCUCUCCUACCCCUGGGGGUCCAACUGGCUCUCUGCUUUUGGAAUUCUUCACCCUGGGCUCUGCUGAUCCAGUUCUCCACCCUCCACCCCACCCACACACACUAACUAGUCCUGACCUUGGUCUCUAUCACUGCCCCAUCCCUCCCUCCCUCCAGCUCCCGGGAACUGAAGCCCCAGGAACUGUCUGUCUGACCGUUCAGCCUCUC